UUUUGAGGUGCCCCAGGGAACAUUUUGUGUAGUGGAAGCAGACAGAAUUUUCGAGAUCCUUCCGUCUCAACCUACAUAAAUUAGUCCUUCCCUCUUUCUGUUCAUCACAUUCGAAGGCACGGCAAAAGUUGGCAUCCUCAGCUUUUAGCUUUAGAUAGUUUCUGUAGAGAGAUGGCUCUAAUUCCUCAAAUCUUCGGUCAGAGGAGCAACGUUUUCGACCCGUUCUCCCUCGAUGUCUGGGAUCCCUUUCAGGGCUGGCCUUUCGACUCAUCUCGCUCUCUCGCUGAUCGUUCUGGUGCCGGCGGCGCUCUCAGCGAGGCCUCUGCCUUUGCGAGCACCCGCAUCGACUGGAAAGAGACGCCCGAGGCUCACGUCUUCAAGGCCGAUCUUCCGGGGAUGAAGAAGGAAGAGGUGAAGGUUGAGGUGGAGGAAGGAAGAGUUCUGCAGAUCAGCGGAGAGCGGAGCAAGGAGCAGGAGGAGAAGAAUGAAAAGUGGCAUAGGGUCGAGAGGAGCAGCGGCAAGUUCCUGAGGAGGUUCAGGCUGCCGGAGAACGCAAAGAUGGAUCAGGUAAAGGCGGCUAUGGAGAACGGCGUGCUCACUGUGAUCGUGCCCAAGGAGGAAGUCAAGAAGCCCGAGGUGAAGGCCAUUGAAAUCUCUAGUUAGAAGAACAGAUCAGAAAUCGGUUGGUUGUGUUAAUUCCGAGCUUUCGUUGUCGUGUUGCGAGUCCUCCUCUUGAGCUUUCUGCAUGCGAGUGUCUCUAGUGUUUGUGUGUGUGGAUUGAUGAGGUUUAUUAUGUCAUGUAUGUCUGUGUUUGAAAGUUUGAAGUAAGGUAUCUAAAAUCUUACGCCUGAAUGUGAAAUUGUUUAACUAUAUUUUAUUGGAUUAUAAAUUA